CCGAGCCUGAGGCGGGCCACGGGCGGGAGGAGCGUUUUGCGCCUGCGCAGUCGGGGCGGUUGCCAUGGAGUCGGAAGGGGCCUACGAGCCGGGCUUCGUGGGGAUCCGCUUCUGCCAGGAAUGCAACAACAUGUUGUACCCUAAAGAAGACAAAGAGAACAGGAUCCUUCUCUAUGCUUGCCGCAACUGCGACUACCAGCAGGAGGCUGACAAUAGCUGCAUCUACGUCAAUAAGAUCACGCAUGAAGUUGAUGAACUAACCCAGAUCAUUGCUGACGUUUCCCAGGACCCAACUCUGCCCCGCACAGAGGACCACCCUUGCCAGAAGUGCGGCCACAAGGAAGCCGUGUUUUUCCAGUCUCACAGCGCAAGGGCUGAGGAUGCCAUGAGGCUGUAUUACGUCUGCACGGCCCCACACUGCGGUCACCGCUGGACGGAGUGAAGCCCGUGGAGAUGUCAGCCCCCUCCUUGUCCCUUUCCUGACGUUACCUUAAUUUCUCUCCUUUCUGAGAAACUUCCAGAUGAUUCAACUGCUGCCUGCCUGUGCCUAGACACCCUCUUUGACUUGGGUUGUUUGUGUUUUCGGCUCUGUUAAUAAAACAUGGUUUAUAUUUUUACAAAA